AUGCCGCCUUCAGAAAUGCUCGCAACACCACCUCCACGACCGACCCAGCCCCUCCCCUACGCACCCCGCCUAGGCAUGCCCUUUGACCGACGCCUCCUCCUCACAACAUCCCUUUCAUUCCUCUCUGGCUUCACCCUCGGCUCCCUAAACGCCGGCCACAUGGCGUCCCUCCGUUUCCGUGCCGAAAACGCGCACCGCCUGCCCAUCUCAAAUCCUGGCUGGUACCUUUACCACAAGUCCAAAAACUACUACAAAUGGCGCUACGGCAUUGUCGAAGGAUUCAAAAAGGGAACAUACAUCGCAGCGUGGUCGUCCGUCUUCUUCAUUGUGGAAGAGAGUUUAGAUAUUUUCCGGGGUACGUGGAGAGCGGGACGUACGAUGGAGGAGAUGGAAGGGGUUGAUGAGUUGGAUAUGCGGCGGAUCGAUCGCGGGGUGGAUGGGAGUAGGGAUUUUGUGUCGAGUGGGUUGGCGGGUAUGGUGACGGGUGGAUUGUGGAGUGCGUGGCAUCAGUUUCCUGUGAGCACGGCUGCGAGGACUAUAAGAUUGGGGUUGCUGGUUGGACUAGGAUUUGGUUUGGGGCAGGAUGGGUUGACGUGGGCGAAGAAGAGGUGGGGUAUUCAAGAAAGUGAGAGCUGGAUUUACAAGGGCGCGAGGAAUAAGAUGAUUGAGGAGAAUGUCAGGAGUAGUAUGGAGAAGGAAUGA